AUGGCAUCCGGAGAGUCAAAAGAUGAACGCGACAAACGAGUCGACAAACUUUGGGAAACCUUGGAUACCCGAAAAGAGGGCCAUAUCGACCUGACUGAGUUAAAGAAAGGGUUAAAGAAAAUCGAUCAUCCUCUAAAAAAUGCAGACGAUAUGGUACUGAGUGUCGCCCGGGAGGUUGACACGAAUGGCGAUGGACGUAUCGACCAAGCCGAAUUCCGAGCAUUUCUCAACCACACCGAGGACGGGCUAUGGCAGAUGUUCCAGAGUAUCGAUCGAGAUCACAACGGAGAAAUCGACAAGAUGGAAUUAAAAAACGCCUUUGCGCGUUCCGGAGUCACGGUUUCGAGCGCUAAGUUGGACCGGUUUUUCGCGGAAGUCGACAAAAACAAUGACGGGGUGAUUUCUUAUGCAGAGUGGAGGGAUUUCCUUCUAUUCCUCCCUCUCCAAUCCCCGACCGACCUUCACGCAGUCCUUUCAUAUUACACGGCCACGGGCAAUCUAAACCCGGAAGGAGAUGUCAAUAUCAAUGACCUGCAGGGUUUAGGUACAGACCAUCCGUUUCUUUCAUCUUACAUUCUAGCCAUCCAACACCUUUUGUACAACAUUUUGUCCCUCCCCGCCUUGGCGUCCCUCCUUCCCUCCGCGCAUGCGCAAACCAGCCAUGUCUCAAAGUUGGCACCCGUUUUCGAGCAUGAUUUUGUCUCGCUAGACGGCGACUUGGAGUUGGAGUGGUUGGCUCUUCCCCAGACUACCGCCAUGCGGAUGUUUUUCCGAUAUUAUGGACGGAAGUUGACCGAAAAUACCCCUCAACUAGGCUACUUCCUUGCAGGUGGAAUUGCGGGUGCCAUUGGCGUCAAAUCAACGGUUCAGGCAGCUAAAGGCGGAGCCCCGUUAGCUGCGGCUGGGAACGCUUCCAGAACAUUGUUCGACGCUCUCAAGGAAUUAUGGCGGGCUGGGGGAAUACGGAGUUUGUUCGCAGGGAAUGGCUUGAACGUGGUGAAGGUCAUGCCAGAGUCUGCGAUCAAGUUUGGUGCCUACGAGUCUGCGAAACGAGCAUUUGCACGACUCGAAGGGCAUAACGACCCGAAGCGACUCCUUCCCACCUCACAAUUUAUGUCGGGUGGCUUUGGUGGAAUGGUUGCCCAAUGUUUUGUUUAUCCCCUCGAUACCCUAAAGUUUCGCAUGCAGUGUGAGACCGUCAAAGAUGGCCCGAAAGGCAAUCAACUCAUCGCAGCUACCGCAAGAAAGGUGUGGAACAAGAAUGGCUUGGUUGGCUUCUUCCGAGGGCUUCCGCUUGGCCUUGUUGGGAUGUUCCCCUACGCCGCGAUUGAUCUAUCGACAUUUGAAUACCUCAAACGGACACUUCUAGCUAAAAAGGCCCGCGACUGUGGCUGUCAUGAGGAUGAUGUACCCCUCGGCAACUUUGCGACUGGUGCGAUUGGUGCCAUGAGUGGAGGAUUCAGCGCCUCGAUUGUCUACCCCCUCAAUGUUCUCCGCACCCGACUUCAAACCCAGGGCACGAUAAUGCAUCCGCCCACAUACACAGGGAUCGGCGAGGUCCUAAGCAUCACACUCAAAACCGAGGGACCCCGUGGUCUUUACAAAGGUCUCACCCCCAACCUUCUUAAAGUGGCACCGGCUAUGUCGAUCAGCUACGUGGUCUAUGAGAACGCGAAACGCAUACUUGGCCUACGAUGA